AUGAGGCUUUCUGUCCCUCGUCUCUCCAUCCCUCGUCCCCGCCCCGACUCCGCCAUCUACCUCCCGCUCACUCCACUGUGGGCAGCCACCCCGACCAAGAGCUUUGCCGACUACUCGAGCUCGCUCCUUCGACGUCGGGGCACCUUCAUCAUCUUGUUCGCCCCCGCCCUUGCCCUUCUCUUCUACGUUGUCCGCUUCUACGUCGGCGAUUGGGACGACUAUGAACUCGACUACGACACCCUUGCGUCUCUCCACACUUCUUAUAUGCCCUUUCAGGUACCUACUCAAACUUAUACCCCUACUGUUGUUCGUAUUCCCGGAGGACACCCCCCGCCACCGACGCUCCGUCCGCAUUCUGACCCGCUGCCCGUGGAAUGCAUCGACGCCUAUUUCGCCCAGGGUGUGCCCUGCUCCACACCGGACCCGCCCAAGUUCGACUUUGUCUGGACAUGGGUGAACGGCUCGGACCUCCUCGAGCAGCAGGCCAAGAAGGACGCCAUGCACCGCUACGACUCCAAGGAUCCUUGGCGGCCAUCCGCCACGGGCACGCCUGACCGUAUGUACCGCGACAAUGACGAGCUCCGGCAUUCAUUCCGCUCCGUCCUUGCCUCCUUCCGCCCCCACCUCAACCGCAUGCUCCUCCUCACCUCUGACUUCCUUGUCCCCUCCCCCAAUUUCACCCAGUCCGCCUCCUGGCGCCUCUCGCAGAUCCCACAAUGGCUCGACCUCGCCAAGCAAACGCGGGCCGGCUGGCAGGACGGCGACGUCGGCCUCGACAUCGUGCACCACGCCGAGAUCUUCCGCCCGUACAUCGGCACCAACUUCAACAGCCUCGCCAUUGAGUCGCAGCUCGGUCAUGUGAAAGGCAUUUCUGAUCACUUUGUCUACAUGAACGAUGAUUUGUUCUUUGGCGUACCGCUACAGCCUGCGACGUUCUACACGCCCGCGUACGGCAUCGUCCUGCACCUCGACACCGGCCUCAUGGUCCCGCCUGACCCGCCCACCGUGCUCACGAAGGGCGAGUGGCGGGGCAUGGGCGAGUCGAACUUCAUGCUCAGCCAGCGUUUCGGCGCGCGGCACCGCCCGUAUGUCAUGCACGAAGCGAAGGUCGUCUCCGCGCCGAUCCUCGCGGAGAUCGAGACGGUCUGGCCGGGCGCGUUCGCGCGCGCGGCGGGCCAUCUCUUCCGCGAGACUGCGGGCCCCGGUACGCCGAGCGAUGUGAAUACGAUGCUACUCCAUGCGCAUUUUAUUGUCGAGCGCGCAAGGGAGGCACUCUUGUGGGCGUGGGUCGUUGGGCGGCAUGGGGGCGUGGACGAUGCGUGGGGCGUGGAGGAGGAACGGAGGGCGUGGGCACAGGUGAGCGCGGAGGGUGUGGGUGCCAGGGAAGUAGUUGUGACCGCGGACCAUCGGUAUACGCUUGAGGGGGAGAGGGUGGAGAGUGCCCUGCGCGAGAGCGGUUUGGAGGGCGGAUUGGGAAAGACGUCGUAUGUGUUUUCCUCGCUGGACGGGUACGCAUACGCUGGGCUCGGAACGGGCGCGCCUUUCAGUCGAGUCACACCGGACGUUGCGGAAGACGACCUCCUGACGUGUACGAUCAGCUAUGAUGAGUGCUUCGCAGGCUACUCGCGUGCGUCCGACGUCUUCAAGCACGUCGCGUUUGAGAACCCGCAGUGCGGUGACUGCAUUAUCACUGCCCUCGCACGAGCGAGCGGACCCCUGGGCAUCUCAGCUUUCCUCCCUGCUCCUGAACGCCAACUCGCCGACCUCUCCGCCAAGAUACCUGGUUUCGCAGAGCCGUCUGACACGAUGCCGCACCUGCCGCUCGUCCCUCGCUUUGAAGACGGCGACUUCUCGCUGCGCGGCGUGAUGGGCACGGCGGGCGAGCGCAACGUGCGCGCGUGGACGCUGCGGGUGCUGCAGCGGUACCGGUACGUGGUCGGGAACACGCCCGCAAUGUUCGAGAUGCUCUUGCAUACGGAGCAGGUGAAGGCGAUGCUCCAGCGCGUGGACGAGACGACGGACGCGGCACUGAUAUGCAUCAACGACGAUGUGGAGAAGGGCCACGAGGAGUACGUUGCGCCGCUGUUCAAGGAAUGGCAGGAACACAGGUGGCCGGAGCCUGCGGAGUGGGAGAGGCGUUGA